GUAUGACAACGAGGCGUUGUAUGACAUUUGCCGCAGGAACCUGGACAUCGAGCGACCCACGUACACCAACCUGAACCGCCUCAUCGCUCAGAUCAUUUCCAGUCUGACCGCAUCGCUGCGCUUCGAUGGAGCCUUGAACGUGGACAUUACGGAGUUCCAGACCAACCUGGUCCCCUACCCCCGCAUCCACUUCAUGUUGACGUCCUAUGCCCCGGUCAUCUCAGCUGAGAAGGCUUAUCAUGAGCAGCUGUCCGUGGCGGAGAUCACCAUGUCCGUUUUCGAGCCGGCAUCCAUGAUGGUUAAGUGCGAUCCACGCCAUGGCAAAUACAUGGCCUGCUGCAUGAUGUACCGUGGCGACGUCGUUCCGAAGGAUGUGAACGCGGCAGUGGCUACCAUCAAGACCAAGCGUACCAUCCAGUUUGUGGACUGGUGCCCCACCGGCUUCAAGUGCGGCAUCAACUACCAGCCGCCGACCGUGGUGCCCGGUGGUGAUUUGGCCAAGGUCAUGCGCGCCUGCUGCAUGAUCUCGAACAGCACGGCCAUCGCCGAAGUCUUUUCGCGCAUCGAUCACAAGUUUGACCUCAUGUACUCCAAGCGCGCCUUCGUCCACCACUAUGUCGGCGAAGGUAUGGAAGAGGGCGAAUUCUCUGAGGCUCGCGAAGACUUGGCGGCUCUGGAGAAGGACUAUGAAGAGGUUGGCAUCGAAACAGCAGAGGGCGAGGGAGAGGAGGAAGGUUACGGCGAUGAGUUCUGA